UUCAAGUACAUAUUUCAAAAUUUUUUUCCUCCUUAGCUGGUUAAAAUAAACUCAGUUUUCUUUCGCCCGGACUGAUAAGUCUCUUCACUCUGAUAACGGCAAAUUAGUAAUCGCUGUAUCGAGGGAGUUUUACAUAUAUUAAAAAGAUGUCUGAGCCUUUAUCAGAAGAAAAAAUUAAUGAAUACAGGAAAGCUUUCACACGCUUCGACAAAGACGGAGAUGGUAGUAUUACAAUAAAGGAACUUAAUUCUGUUAUGAAUUGUCUUGGUAUAUAUCCUUCAAACUCUCAGUUUUCUGAAAUUGUUCACGAAGCACGUUUAGUCAAUAUUGACAAAAUUGAGUUUUCUGAUUUCCUUAGUAUAAUUAUUGAAGGAAGGAUGUUGAAGGAAAGCGAGACUGAUUCUAAAGUGCAUCAAGCUUUUACUCUUUUCGAUAGAGACGAUGAUGGCUAUAUAUCUCUAACUGACCUACGUUCAGUUAUGCCCAAAUUGAUUACGAAUAUCACUGAAGAAGAGAUAGAUGAAAUGUUCUAUGAAGCAGAUCUGGAUGACGAUGGUAAAGUUGACUUUGAGGAGUUCGUUGUUAUGCUGAAUUCAUGUGUAGACAAGGAGGAAGAUUCAGUUUAGUCUCUUUUAUAUGACAUAUCAAAUCCGUAAAUGUUCCUUUGUUUUUUUUCAAACAAUUAUAAAUUGAUAUAAACUCCCAUUAAUAUAACCAGAUAAGAAGAUA